GCCAUGGCGCCGCGCGACUAUGCCGCCGAGAAAGAGAAGGCAAAGCGGUUCCUGCAGGAUUUUUACCGCGACGGCGCCGACGGCGGGAAGGAGUUCCCGUACCGGGAGCAGCUGGUGAGACUGGCGCACCGGGAGCGCGUGGCGCUGUACGUGGCGCUGGACGACGUGGCGGAGGACGACCCCGAGCUGGCCGAGGCCGUCUGUGACAACGCCAAGCGCUACGGCCGCCUCUUCGCCGACGCCAUCCAUGAGCUGCUGCCGCUCUACAAGGAGCGCGAGGUGUCCCACAAGGACGUGCUGGACGUGUACAUCGAGCACCGGCUGCUGCUGGAGCAGCGGGGCCGGGACGCGGGGGACGUCCACAGCCCCCAGAACCAGUACCCCCCUGAGCUGCUGCGGCGCUUCCAGCUGUACUUCAAGGCCCCCUCCACUGCCAAAGCCCGCGUGGUCCGCGACGUCAAGGCUGACUGCAUCGGGAAGCUGGUGACUGUCCGCGGCAUCGUCACCCGUGUCACCGAGGUCAAGCCCAUGAUGGUGGUGGCCACCUACAGCUGCGACCAGUGCGGGGCCGAGACCUACCAGCCCAUCCAGUCGCCCACCUUCAUGCCACUGCUGAUGUGCCCGAGCCGCGAGUGCCAGACGAACCGCUCGGGGGGGCGGCUCUACCUGCAGAGCCGUGGCUCCAAGUUCAUCAAGUUCCAGGAGCUGAAAAUGCAGGAGCAUACCGACCAGGUGCCGGUGGGGCACCUUCCCCGCUCCAUCAGCGUGGCCGUGCACGGGGAGAACACACGCCUGGCUCAGCCCGGGGACCACGUCAGCGUCACCGGAGUCUUCCUGCCCCUGCUGAAGACCGGCUUCCGCCAGAUCGCCCAGGGCUUGCUCUCCGAGACCUAUUUGGAGGCCCACUGCAUCGUGAAGAUGAACAAGAGCGAGGAGGACGAGUCAGGGGCUGGGGACCUGAGCGAGGAGGAGCUCCGGCAGAUCACAGAGGAGGACUUCUACGACAAGCUGGCCUCCUCCAUCGCCCCCGAGAUCUACGGCCACGAGGACGUGAAGAAGGCGCUGCUGCUGCUGCUGGUGGGCGGCGUGGAUCGCAACCCCCAUGGCAUGAAGAUCCGGGGAAACAUCAACAUCUGCCUCAUGGGCGACCCCGGCGUGGCUAAGUCGCAGCUCCUGUCCUACAUCGACCGGCUGGCGCCCCGCAGCCAGUACACGACAGGCCGGGGCUCCUCGGGCGUGGGGCUGACGGCGGCCGUGCUGCGGGACCCGCUGACGGGGGAGCUGGCGCUGGAGGGGGGUGCACUGGUGCUGGCCGACCGGGGCGUCUGCUGCAUCGACGAGUUCGACAAGAUGCUGGAGGCCGACCGCACGGCCAUCCACGAGGUGAUGGAGCAGCAGAGCAUCUCCAUCGCCAAGGCGGGCGUGCUGGCCACCCUCAACGCCCGCUGCGCCAUCCUGGCCGCCGCCAACCCCGCCUACGGCCGCUACAACCCCAAGCGCAGCCUGGAGCACAACAUCCAGCUGCCCGCCGCCCUCCUCUCCCGCUUUGACCUGCUCUGGCUCAUCCAGGACCGCCCUGACCGCGACAAUGACCUGCGCCUGGCCCAGCACAUCACCUACGUGCACCAGCACAGCCGCCAGCCCCCCUGCUCCUUCCAGCAGCUCGACAUGAAGCUCAUGAGGCGCUACAUCGCCAUGUGCAAGCGGAAGCAGCCAGUGGUGCCGGAGGCUUUGGCCGACUACAUCACAGCCGCCUACGUGGAGAUGCGGAAGGAGGCCUGGGCCAGCAAGGACACGACCUACACCUCAGCGCGCACCUUACUGGGCAUCCUCCGCCUGGCCACCGCCCUGGCCCGGCUGCGGCUGGUGGAUGUGGUGGAGAAAGAGGAUGUGAACGAGGCCAUGAGGCUUAUGGAGAUGUCAAAGGACUCGUUGCUGGGGGACAAGGGACAGCAGAGCCGGGUGCAGCGUCCGUCCGAUGCCAUCUUCGCGGCGGUGCGGGAGCUGGCGGGGGGCCGGGACCGGGCCGUGCCCUACGCCGAGGCCCUGCAGCGCUGCCUGGCCAAGGGCUUCACCCCCGCCCAGGUCCAGGCCGCACUCCAGGAGUACGAGGAGCUCAACGUGCUGCAGGUCAACCCCGCCCGCACCUGCAUCACCUUCGUCUGAGGGGGGGCGCACAUGUGGGGGUGCCCUACAGC